AUGGCGCCCUCGUCGCCUCGACGCAAGAAGCCGUCGUCCGCGGCGAAGCGGGCGUCGACGGGCCCGACGGCGCUGCCCGGGCGCAACAAGAGGAAGACCCCGCCGCCGCUUCCCGAGGCCUCGGGUGCCACGCAGCCGCCGGCCAAGCGGAAGCCGGCGUUGUUCCAGCGCACGUGGUCCCCCGGCGACGAGGUCCGGAUCCUGGAGGCCCUCGCCACGUACCGCCGCGAACACGGCGGCAGCCUGCCAACGCCGGCUGAGCUCUUCGGCGCGCUCGAUGGCAGCCUCGAGAAGAAAGGCGUCGGAGCAAAGGAGCUCGCCAUCAAGCAGCGCAGCUUCAAGCGCCGCUACGACCGCGACGCCAAGAAGAUUGCUCCGCCCGCCGAUGAACACGAACGCCGCCUCUACCUCCUCUCCAGGCACGUCUGGGGACGCGAUCCCCCGCCCAGACCACCGGUUGCUGAGGUCCCAAGGGCUACCCAAGGGAAGGGCGCCGGCGCCCAAGCAAACAAGGACGCUACCCAAGCGAAGAGCGCCGACCACCAGUCCGGCAAGGAGGCGGUGAAGCCCAAGGCCAAGACUUUGGAUGAGAUGCGCGAGCUGUAUCCUUACCUGGUUGAUGAGGCCACGGUCCUUGUCGAACCGGCGGUGCUGGAAAGUGUGCUCCUCGGCAUUGAAAACAGCGACGCUCAGGCGUUGGACAAGAAGAUCAGGAAGGCGAGGAAGCAGCUCGCCAAGGCCAUCACGGAAUCGGCAAGGAUUAACAACAUAGAAAUGCCUACAGUAUUUAUGUUUACAUCCAGUAAGCUUCAACCAGAAAAGUUAAGAGUGGAAAAUGAGAAUAAUCUUUUGGUUGAUCAUUUGGACAAAACGGAUGAUGUGGAUAGUUGCACUAAACAACGAUUGGCAAGAGUGGAACGUGAAGUAGUGGAGUUGAGACAGGCUGUUAUAGGUUCUCAGUCUCAGCCAAAGGGUAUAAGAUGUGAAUCGGCCAAGAGUGGUCUUCAAUCGAUUGUAGCCGAAAAUCAGACUCCAGCCAAUAUACUACAAAAGAAGAUAGAAGCACCAAAUGGCUUGAUCCAUGGAAAGAAUGUGGAGGUUACAUCAAAAUAUUAUUGUGCUGUUCCCCAGAACGUUCCUCCCAUUGGCAAGGCCUGUUCUAAAGAAACAGUUCCCAGUUCGCUAACCUUAUGUACUGAAUUUGGCUGA